GGCCACAACUCCUCCUCCGACUCGACACUCACUGCUGCCGUCUCUUCAUCCGCCCUGUAAUAUUGCAAAGCUUGGGAUUGCUUGCUCGGGGAGAUCACGACAACCACAUCUUGCCACCAUUUGCAUUGCAUUCCACCCAUCGAUCGAGCGUUCACUGGUGACGUAGGCUGCACUGCUGUACACCCUCACCAAGACACCCACGACUCCUGAAGCCACUCUGCGUUCACGUACUCCUCCCUUUGCAACUGUCAAAUACCACGAAAUUCGACAGUAAAGGCAUUGCAUUGGACACGUACAUUGGACGCACCUUUGGGACUGCUGUUGGCCACAGUGCCACUCCAGUCCGACCGAUUCAUCCACCACCACCGGAAGCCGAACGGCCGCCUUGAAACCACGCGUUUCCCCUCACCACCACCAUGACCGACGACAACUCCAACGCCGGCCGUGCAGAGUCGCCUCCACGUGUGCGUCGCUCCUCUUUCGCAGGCGAGACCUUCGCCAAUCUGUUCAGCGGCGGCCGCUCGGGCAGCAUUUCACGAGCCACGAGUGACUACAAUGGCGGUCAGCAAUCACACAACGGUGCUGGCCCCAUCACAUCGGCGGCUGCCCAGGCGCAGCGCCGACGCCUCUCCUUGACCACACUGGGUCUGUCCGGCUCUCCCGGUCAAGCCUCUCCGUUUGGUUCGUACAACAGCCGUCGCGAUUCGUACGGCACCGCUGGCAGCGAUAGCAUCGACGAGUCGGCAAUCGAAGAAGACGACGGCAAGACCCCACUACCGACCCCCGCAACUCCCUUCGCCAGACGUAUGAGUUUUGGUGCAAAGGCACUUCGGGAUGUGAGAACGGGCAAUGCUGCCAAUGGCGGUGGAGGCGGCAGCCCACCAAAUGGUACUAGUAAACCGUCUACUAUUACCGAAAAUGAUGCACCUCCCACAUCCAACACCAACCCGAGAACACACAAAGCGAAUGGGUCGAUCUCGAGCCGAACCGCUAAAGGUCCAGGCAACGAAGGCUUCAAUUGGUCCGACAACUUCCGCAGCCGCGCAGAGCGCACCUCCUCAAUCGCUGGCGGCACCCUGUUCGGCAAUAACAAUGCCGGACCCUCUCCACCCGCCGGAUUGAAACAUGAUCGCAGCAAGAGCGUGGCAGUCAUGGAGCCACCAGCAAGAGAAAUGCCAAAGCCAAAGGAGCAAGUCAGACCAGAUCAUUUCCAAGAGCGAAUUCUCAAGGGAGACUUUUACAUGGAUUGAUCGGACAGUAAUUAUGUGAGUGCGAUGCAUAUCAUAAGUGCCUAUUCGGGCUGUCCGCAAAGUCAGAAGAGCAAUGGGCUGGACAACGAUCACUUGAUGUCGAUACGGCAGAAAUUGCUACCGGCGUCUGGGCAACAAGGCAAACAGGCGGGACUUCAAAAAUCACAAAUGUGGAAACGCCAGACAGCAGGGGAGAGAAUACCUUUACGACUUUACGACUGAGAUCAAGCAUUAGCUGUUUUUCUUUUCCGCACACUGUUUGGAAGACAGUGGAUUACGCUCGCUUUGCAUGGCGGGCUGCAGAUGAGUGAACAUGGGGGAGAGGCAGGUUCAAUGGCCAUGGGCCGAUCGAUGCGGAAUGUACCAUAACAAAUUGUGAUGAGAAUCAAUUGAGCAUCCGAGUCUGAGAGCCAACACGGACAUUCC